UUGAUCUCCAACAACCGCCUGUUUCUUCGCCCUCAACGCCCUCAACCCAAGCUACGAUCUUUGCGCGUGGCUCAAUUGGAUACUAGGGACUAAUAUCGUCUAUCACAAUGUUGGCUGCCCGCUCAGUAGCCAUUCCGGCGCGACAGUGUCUCCGCCGCGCGAACGGAGCUUCGAGAUGGGCGCCCGCGCUCAUGCAGUCACAAACGCGGUCGUAUGCGCAGGACAGAGUCGGUGGCUUCAAGGGAAAGAAGGGUAGCGAUGGUAAAUACACAGUAACCCUGAUCGAGGGUGACGGUAUUGGGCCGGAAAUCUCGCAGUCCGUCAAGGACAUCUACUCAGCCGCCAAUGUGCCGAUCAAAUGGGAGACGGUCGACGUCACGCCGCGGUUGAAGGAUGGCAAGACAGUCAUUCCUGACGAGGCCAUCGAGAGCGUCAACAAAAACUACGUUGCCCUCAAGGGUCCCCUCGCCACUCCCGUCGGCAAGGGCCACGUUUCCCUCAACUUGACACUCCGUCGUACCUUCAACCUCUUCGCCAACGUCCGCCCGUGUAGGUCCAUCGUGGGCUUCAAGACUCCCUACGACAAUGUCGACACUGUGUUGAUUCGCGAGAACACCGAGGGAGAGUACUCUGGCAUCGAGCACGUCGUGGUGGAUGGCGUUGUCCAGAGCAUCAAGCUGAUCACCCGUGACGCUUGCGAGCGCGUUCUGCGCUUCGCCUUCCAGCAUGCCGACGCCAUUGGCAGGAAGAAGGUUCGCGCUGUGCACAAGGCCACCAUCAUGAAGAUGUCCGACGGUCUCUUCCUGAGAACCGCUCAUGAUGUUGCUAAGGAGUUCCCUCACAUCGAAUUCGACGCCGAGCUGCUGGACAACACCUGCCUUAAGAUGGUCACGGACCCCACCCCCUACAACGACAAGGUCCUGGUGAUGCCCAACCUGUACGGAGACAUUCUGUCUGACAUGUGCGCUGGUCUUAUUGGUGGUCUCGGUCUUACCCCCUCUGGCAACAUUGGCGACGAGUGCUCCAUCUUCGAGGCCGUCCACGGUUCCGCCCCCGAUAUUGCGGGCAAGCAGCUCGCCAACCCGACUGCUCUGCUCCUCAGCUCCAUUAUGAUGUUGCAGCACAUGGGUCUCAAUGAGUAUGCUGAGAACAUCCAGCAGGCCAUCUUCAAGACGAUUGCGGAGGGCAAGACCAUCACCGGCGAUCUGGGCGGAAGUGCGAAGACGUACGAGUAUGCUGAUGCGGUUAUCAAGGCAUUGAAGUAAAUUCUUAUCAACCAUUUUUCACGAGCAUAAAGGCAUGGCGGAUUUUGGAGCGAUGCUUUUCGUCGAUAUGUACAGUAUGGUCGGCGGUGUAGUAUAUGCACGUCCGUUAUGAGUGUAUUCGGUAUUCUGUGCUUGAGUGUUGUCGUCAUAUUAGAGAAUCAGCGAGAAUGUGCAAAAGCGAUAUACCGAUGGAACGCUUGCUGGUGAUGUCCUGAGAGGUUGGGUAUUACCAGAUCUAGUUAGCGUAAAAUGAAGUCCGCGAGCUCUUGGCCAAC